UCUCUUUCCGAAUUCCGAUUCUAUCCACUCCUCUUUCUUUUGGCUUUCUCGCUAUCGUUUGGUACCCAGAACUCUAUUUUUCUCUGCUUUUUUUCUUCUUUUUUCCCAUCCGAUUUUUUUCUCGAUUUGAUGUGAUUUUUCAUCUCCAAGAUUUCUGGGCCCGUUUAUAUUGUUCCAGUUCCUUUGUCAAAGUUUCAAUCGAGUUCUCGGGGGGUUUAAGGAAGUUUUUACGUUGUGAAGUUUUGAGAUUUGGCGUCUGUUCGUGUUAAAGUUUUGAACUUGAUCAGCACAAAGAAAUUUUUGGUUGGUUUUGAUUCAUGGGUUGUGUCGAAAUCGCAUGUUCGUUAUUGGGUUUCUUUGUUUUGGGUUUUUGAAGUUCGAUUUUUGAGUAAAAGUUGGGGAAGUCGGUGAAAAAUGGAAGUUGAGGGUAUUCAGAGGUCGAGAAGUUUGGGUUCCAAGGGGAAGGAUGUGGGAGGAGGGGUUGAUAAAGAGGUGUUUUUUCGUGCCGAUAAGAUCGAUUUCAAGAGCUGGGAUAUCCAGUUGGAGAAGCACUUGAGUAGGGGUUGGGAGAGGGAGAGGGAGGCGAAUGCAAAGAUGGAAGAGUGGGAGAUUGAUUUGGGUAAGUUGGAUAUAAGACAUGUUAUUGCUCAUGGAACCUAUGGCACUGUGUACCGCGGCGCCUAUGAUGGCCAAGAUGUUGCAGUGAAGAUAUUGGAUUGGGGGGAGGAUUGUAUUGCCACAGCAGCUGAAACUGCUGCUCUUCGGGCGUCGUUUCAGCAAGAGGUUGCUGUAUGGCAUAAGCUUGACCACCCAAAUAUCCCCAAGUUUGUCGGAGCUUCAAUGGGAACUUCCAACCUUAAAAUCCCCGUUAAAAACGCAUCAAACGAUAGCCAUAAUUCUCCUCCUUCAAGAGCUUGUUGCGUUGUUGUUGAGUAUGUUCCUGGUGGGACGCUGAAGAACUUUUUGAUCAGGAAUAGAAGAAAGAAACUUGCCUUCAAGGUUGUGAUUCAACUUGCUUUGGAUCUCUCCAAAGGUUUGAGUUAUCUUCACACGAAGAAAAUUGUACACCGUGAUGUCAAAACGGAAAAUAUGUUGCUUGAUACUCAUAGAACAUUGAAAAUUGCUGAUUUUGGUGUUGCUCGAGUGGAAGCUCAGAACCCAAGGGACAUGACUGGGGAGACUGGUACCCUUGGGUACAUGGCCCCAGAGGUCCUUGAUGGCAAGCCAUACAACAGGAAAUGUGAUGUCUAUAGUUUUGGUAUUUGCUUAUGGGAAAUCUAUUGUUGCGACAUGCCUUAUCCUAAUUUAAGUUUUGCUGAUGUCUCAUCUGCAGUAGUGCGACAGAAUUUACGACCAGAAAUCCCAAGAUGUUGUCCGAGCACAUUGGCUAGUGUCAUGCGAAAAUGCUGGGAUGCAAGCCCGGAUAAACGCCCUGAAAUGGAAGAGGUUGUGAAACUGUUGUACGCAAUAGAUACGAGCAAGGGAGGCGGCAUGAUACCUGAAGACCAGUCAACCGGCUGUUUCUGUUUCGGCACACCUCGCGGUCCAUGACCUUCUUUGUUUCGUGUAAUAUAGCUUUACAGAUUGUGCAUUGCAUAUUAAAACCAGUUUACCAGUUCAGCGCUAGACUGCAGGCAGCUGCAGUCAGUCUUUGAAUAAUCACUUCUCAUCUCUGAAUAAUGCACAAACAGCGUUUUUGAAAAGCCAUAUUGUUGUUUGUGGUUCCUUCUUCAUUCUUAUUGUAAAUUAGUAUGGAAAUCAAGCUUUUACAGCAAUGUCUGGUAGUUUUAUUCUGAUACUUUUACUGUCAUGGU